UACUAGAUUACUGUAAUACUGAACACGAUGUUAUCGCCGAUUGACACAACCUGAACGCCCAGAACAUGUACAUGUCAACAUUCUGUAGCAGGAAGUUGGAACCAUCAGUUUCAGCAGAACAAGAGUGAUAAUCAUUCAUACACUGCAAACUCCUGACUGCAGCAUUUUGCACUUGUUUUUGCACUUAUUAACUGACUUAAUUGGCACGUGCUGAUCGCACCUGCCGUUUUUCUUCAACGACAAUGUGGCGUGUGAGAGCAUUUAGUAUUCUCUGCGUUCUGCUCGUGGAAGCUGUCAAAGACAUUCGGGCGUACAAAGGCUCUUUCGCUGUGGAAAGCUCCACGUUCUCCGUAUCAUGUGCGGACAGUGGACAGGUCCUCCAUAUCAUCGAAGCCGUGUACGGCAACGGCUGCAAUUGCAGUUGCGAUUGGCACUACACGGCACUUGUCGUCCGAGCCAAAUGUCAGGGGCAGAAAUCGUGCCGUUUCAGCGUGGACCGAGAUGUGCUGGGUGAUCCAGAGUGCAACACUGACAGUACGUCGUCUUUCUCUCGCACCCCCAAAAAGCUUCUGGUGACGUACGAUUGUGUGCCGGAACGCAACUCGCCUUAAUCGACUUUAAUCCCAGCCAAUGACAGACGUACUAGGAAUUGUUAUGUAACACAGGUGUGGACUUGCUGAUACUUUAUAACUUGUGUAAGCAUAAAUGUACCAUUGUGUUUGAGAAAUAGAAAUCAUAUAGUAUAGGUAAAACGAUUACGAUUUAAGGAGCUACAAAUGCCGGAUGCCGCACUGGUGCUGUUAUAUAUGCGUUUGACGACAAGUCUGGUGAUCUUUUGGUUACAUUUAGCAGUACCAGUAGACUGGUAAUCAACAGCUAACUGUCCUUUUUACCCGGCGCAUGGUCAAACCGCAAACGUUUCAUGAAAGUCCGCGAAAGCGGCGUCUUGCUAAAUCUGUUAUUGGACCUCCUCAGAAUUAUAUGCGUUCCUGUAGUCAAUUAGAACGCAAGCAUUGUAAAGGUCACCUUUUCCAGUAAAAGUGAGGCCUAGGUGAUUAUUAAUCACCUAGGCCUUUAUUAAUCACUGAUUAAUCACUGAUUAAUAAAGGUUCUCUGUAGAUACUCCGUUGAUCAAAACUUCGUUUUUUUAUAUUCUUCUACAUACACACAUAUAUAAAUGCAUGUAAUUUGAUAUGUUCUGGAGUAAAAUGUUCCCGAGAUUUACGACCGGACGCUGCUAAAAUCCUUUUCCUUAAACCUUUUCUUGAAGAGAUCUUGAGAGAUUUAUCAUCCAAAUCCAUCCAAAUGCAGCAGCGAAUGGCUAUAUCCAUUCAAAUUCAACGAGGAAAUGCCAGAUUUGUAUAAUUAUGUCUGGUGGGUACUAUCCUUGAUCAGGAUAGCAUAGAAAAAGUACUUACUGUACCAUAUUACUGUAAAUCUGAUAUGAAUUUUAUUUUAGUACUGUUUUUGCUUAUGUGUUUCCCUGAAAUUUCUGACGGACGAUGCGAUGUCGGCUAAUUUGCUGAAUCGCUAAAUCUCUAGGGUACUCUGACCUUUGCAAAAGUUUUAUAGCAGUUCAAAAAGAGAAAAGGUGUGUUUUGCGUCGCUACGUGCGCGAAUGCCCUAAUUUCCGAUCAUCUAACAACUGG